AUGCCAAACUGGGGAGGUGGAGCCAAAUGCGGUGCCUGUGACAAGACAGUCUACCAUGCUGAGGAAAUCCAGUGCAAUGGAAGGAGUUUUCACAAGAGUUGCUUCCUCUGCAUGGCUUGCAGGAAAGCUCUGGACAGCACCACAGUGGCAGCUCACGAGUCUGAGAUCUACUGCAAAACCUGUUACGGGAGAAAAUAUGGCCCCAAGGGUAUUGGCUUUGGACAAGGGGCAGGAUGUCUCAGCACCGACACUGGCGACCACCUGGGCUUGAACCUGCAACAGGGGUCACCCAAGGCUGCUCGCCCUUCCACACCAACCAAUGCCUCCAAGUUUGCCAAGAAGGUGGCAGAUGUGGACAAGUGCCCCCGCUGCGGCAAAUCCGUGUAUGCCGCAGAGAAGAUCAUGGGAGGAGGAAAACCUUGGCACAAGACCUGCUUCCGCUGCGCUAUCUGCGGGAAGAGUUUGGAAUCAACAAACGUUACAGACAAAGAUGGAGAGCUCUACUGCAAAGUUUGCUAUGCAAAAAACUUUGGUCCCAAAGGAAUUGGAUUUGGUGGCCUCACUCAAGUGGAAAAGAAAGAAGAGUGUGAAUGAGAAGAAAUGCAUGCAAGUCCAAGUGCUCCCGAUGCC